AUGUCGCAGCAGCUUGUCUAUGCAAUCUCUGUGGCAAUCACUGCCCUCAUCCAGGGAGGAGGAUUCCUUGUGGCCUAUGCCCUCCAGACCGAGACAUUCUACGAUAUCCUUGGAGGGGUUAACUUCCUGGCUUUGGCCUUUUGGUCUGCCAGCAGCAGCACAUUGGACUUGCGGAAGAUCUGCACAACAGUCUUGUUCGUGUGCUCCAGGGGUUGGCUGUUGCUCUUCUUGGCAUGGCGUGCUCAUGAGCGCAAGGGUGACGCACGCUUCGACGAUAUCAAGGGCAAAUUCAUAUCUUUUAUGAAAGCCUGGAUAGUGCAGGGGAUGUGGGUGAUGCUCAUUUCUAUGCCAGUCAUAUUCAUUAAUUCUUCGAACAAGUCAUCACCACUGGACUUCAUCGACAUCGUGUUCAUGCUGUGCUUUGCCCUGUGUGUUGGGACAGAGAUCUUGGCAGAUAUCCAGAAGGCUCUCUGGGUGAAGAAAGGCCGUCCCGGGGGCUUCUGCCAGGAAGGGCUUUGGGGCUUCUCGCGGCAUCCGAACUAUUUCGGAGAGAUCUUUCAGUGGUGGUUUGCUUGGGCGUUGGCGUAUCAUAGCUCGGAAGCUGCAAGAGGUUACCUUGAUCCUCUCUGGUGGGCCUGCGCCAUCUCUCCAAUUUUCACCAUGCUGAUUUUGCUUCACCUGAAACCCACUGGCAUUUACAACGCUGAAGGGAAGAACUUGAAGCGAUACUACGACCAAUGUCCUGAUGAAUAUGGCAAAUAUCGGGAGAGCACUUCGAUCCUGAUCCCCAUGAUUGGCUACCAAUAUGUUCCGCUGUUUCUGAAGAGGAUAAUUUUCUUCGAGUACGAGAAAUACGAAUACAAUCCAAAGGUCGCAGGAGAAGUGAAGAAAGAGUGA